CAUUAACGGCAGCAAGCAGACGGAGCCGGCGCCGAGAGAGCCCAGCGCCGGAGAUCUCCCCCUCCUCCUCCGCCAUGGAGACGCUGGCCAGCGCCAUGCGACGCGAGAACCGCCGCUUCAAGGCCCCGUCCUCCUUCGCGUCCUCUGCCUCCGCCGGCGCCGGCGUCGCCUCGGGACGGGUCCCUCUCGUCAUGGCCUUCCUCUCCUGCCUCGCCUGGCUCUACGUCGCCGGCCGGUUGUGGCAGGACGCGCAGACCCGGGCGAUCCUGUCCGGCCUCCUCGAGAAGAAUUCCGGCAACCUCCCGAAGGUGCUGUCGGUGGAGGACAAGCUGAGGAACCUCGGAUGCAAGGAGAUCGGGAGAAAGAUAGUUGAGGCGGAGAUGGACCUGACCAAGGCCAAGAGCGAGGGGUACUUGUGGGGAAACAGGACUGCUGCGGUGGAUUCUGAGAAGAAGCAGCAGCUUCUUGCCGUCAUUGGAGUGUACACUGGAUUUGGCUCCCGGCUUAAGAGGAAUGUCUUCCGUGGCUCGUGGAUGCCAAGAGGUGAUGCUCUGAAGAAGCUUGAGGAAAAGGGUGUCGUCAUUCGUUUUGUUAUUGGUCGGAGUGCAAAUAGAGGUGAUAGCUUGGACCGUAAUAUUGAUGAUGAAAAUCGGAGGACAAAGGACUUCUUGAUUCUUGAAAGUCAUGAAGAGGCUGCAGAAGAAUUACCGAGCAAAGCAAAAUUUUUCUUUAGUGCUGCAGUUGAAGCCUGGGAUGCAGAAUUCUAUGUCAAAGUUGAGGAUAACAUUAAUCUUGACUUAGCUGGGUUAAUUGAGAUGCUUGAAGGCCGGCGAGGUAACCAAGGAUUGUACAUGGGCUGUAUGAAAUCAGGGGUUGUCGUAAGCGAAGAGGGCCAACAAUGGUUUGAACCUGAGUGGUGGAAAUUUGGAGACUCAAAAACAUACUUUCGCCAUGCUUCUGGUUCUUUGUUUAUUCUCUCGAACAAUUUGGCUCGCUACAUCAACAUAAACAGUGCAUCACUUCAGAGCUACGCACAUGAUGAUAUAUCAGUAGGUUCAUGGAUGAUGGGAGUGAAUGCAACUUACGUCGAUGAUGAUCGGUUGUGCUGCGGUAGUUCUAGACAAGAGAAAGUAUGUUCCAAUGCUUGAGUUGAGCGGAAGGCGUGGUUCUGGCUGCUUAUCGCGAUGAAGAAUUUUUUGUACAUCUGGCAUUUUGUAUACACCGGAAAAGGCUACUAUCCAGAUAGAAUCGUGUUGCUCUAUCAGAAUAUCUAACCAACUUUAGGAGAACAAGUGUUUGCAACCAUGAAAGUCUUCACCUGUAGAUUGAUGUUCCUGCUGAUCCUCUUCCUUGCAGCCAGACCACAUUUAUAAAGAAUCAUACACCUGAGUUUGCAAUA